AGUCCGAGCCGCUCCGUUCGUCUCAUUCGGAUUACGCACGAGCAAGCCUCUCGGAGGCGACGCGGCGGCCCCGGUCGCGCCCCGUGCAUGGAGGGAGGAGGCUUCUUUUGUGCUCGCGACCGAGCCAUAUCUGGAGCGUAUAGACGAUGGGGGCGACGCUGCGCUGCGGCGCGAGUCACCCUCCCCCACCACCGCCGACCGACCGCGGGGCGCUUCUUUGACGGUCUGGUUACGAGACUGUGACGCUCUAGACGCACGAAACCUGGCUCGUGGCAACCCGCGCGACGUCGACGUCUUCUCCCCGCCUUGCUCACACACCGACGGAGACAGCCUAGCGCUAAGUCCUGUUGUGCAACGCUGUCGGAGUCCAUCUGAGUCGCGAUGGUGUUCCGGGCCCUCAGUCUCACCGUUCUCGUCGCCGGGUACCUGCAGGCGACGGCGACGAUCAAGCCGAGAGGCGUCUUCUUAGAGACAGACAGGUCGUACAAGUACGAUUUGCCCACAUCUGUGACGCCUUCAAAGGAGAGCAACUGCAGCGGCAAGUGCGUCCACGUCUUCAUGGGUCUCCUUUGCGACUUCGUCGACGAGCAGGCCAAUUGUGGCGAACAGUUCCUUCGCUGCUGCGUGGGUGGCAUCUUCAGCCAGGGAGCCAGCCGCAAGUCGGGAAUGAUGGAUGACGCCCCGUCGGAUCACCGCGAGCGUGACAGCCACUCCAGUUCGAAACAGGAACCGACAACAACGACUACGACGACUUCAACGUCGUCGACAACGACAACCGAAUCGCCUACCACUGACGUUCAGCCAGUGGGAGAGAUCCCUCCUUCCUCUCAGCAGCCGGAACCAACACUUCCGCCAGCGACCAUCCCAAGCAGCGUGCCUUCGGUAGACGAAUACAACCAGCCGACCCUGGUAGCUAUGGAAUCGCAGCAAUCACCACAGAUUGAGUCUCCACUUCCUCAGAAACCAGCGUGUCCCGGGUCUUGCAUCAUGUCCUUGUUAGGCUUACUGUGCGGCUCUAUCAACCGAAACUACAGUUGUCCUAGCGGCCGCGUCUGCUGCACAGCGGCUCAGUCGGCUGAAACGAGCGUUGAGGAAGAGCCGCACUUGACAACAACUGUUGCUACUACAAACAAGACGUCAUCUGUUCCACCUCUCCGAGUUAAAUCCAACCAUAUUCCGUGUAUAGGGAGGUGUAUACCAGUGUACUUGAGCAACACGUGUAAAAAGCCAAGCGUAAUUCUCGUGUCAAAAAUGCUUUUUUGUCCGUCCGGAAUGAUCUGCUGCAGCAAAAGCCCGACCGCUGACCACCUCAAUGACCGCAGGACAAACGUCUCACAUUCCUUCCUUCCUGCAGACGUUAGUGGUGAUGUUGAAGCGUCUGUGUCCCCUGAAGCAGGCAGUCAAGAUGAAGAGUAUCCGUGGGAAAACCAUCAUCUACGACCACCCCAAUACAUUCCAUCUCACCAACGAAUCCCCAUACCAGUGCAGCAGGCAAUCGCGCAAGCCUACGGAAUGCCAUCCAAAUCUCCUCAAAGACCUAUUUCAGAGCCCACACUGCAACAGCCACAAGAAGAAGACGUCAAUUACGGAUACUACGCCCCUGCUAACGAUUACGACAAAAGCGAUGACACUACGCAGGUGAUUCGGUCUACAAAGCGACCGCCAACCUACUCUGCGCUAAGGCACCCCUCGCUGCCGCAGCCUGUAAUUCCAACUCCACCCUAUUAUGACGAUGAUUACGAAUUUAAGCCUCCAAGUCACCUGCACCAAGAUCGCGACAACGAUAACCAACCGAAACACCCAGAGAAUGAGGCCGGUCACCAUAACGGUUCAUUGUCUAUGUCAUCUAUAAGCCACUCUGGCAUGAAGUUAAAUGGCUCAAGCCAACCAGCCACACAGCGUUUGAAACCACAGCGAGGCCCGAUAGCUGUCGGUGAGGUAUUUCCAGUGAAGAACCCUCACGCAUCGGAGAGCUUUCAGCAGCAAAGGAAAGCUUGGUUGCAACGCACUCGCAACAAGACGAGGCUUCAGAGGCCGCAGAGGCUACCUCCACCAUAUGGUACCCCCAGCAAUAGCGCAAAACCUGGGUGGCAAAGCAUCAGACGGCCCACGAAAGAGGGAGCCGAAUUCAGCGCAACGUGGGUAGAGCCGGCCAAAGCGUCCCCCGAAGUUGUGCCGCCGGCUCACUACGCCGAAGCCGCUGCUACGAGCACGGGAUGGAUUCCUUUCCACCAGGCCCACCAACCGGUCAAUAAGCAGAAGGUCGUCGAGAACCAUUAUGGAAGCAGCUCCGAAUUCAAGCCAAUUCGAGGGACCUUUGUUGAUUUAGGCCAUACCUCCCGCGAUCCCAACUCGUGCGGCGUCAAGGGAGGCAAGACGCGCGAUGCGGGCUCCUUUAAGCGGGGAGGAGCGGAGGCGAGACCCGGGGAAUGGUGCUGGCAUGCUGCCAUCGUAGAUCGCAAAAACCAAUACCUGUGCAACGGUGCUCUUAUAAGCGCCCAGUGGGUGUUGACCACGGCAAACUGUGUCCACAAUCACACCGACGUCACUGAGAACAUAUACGUGCGACUGGGUUACACCGACAUCGUGAGUCCCUACAACCCUCCAGGUGCUCAGACCAAGACGGUGGCCAAAGUCUACGCGCACCACAGCUUCCAAGCAGAAACCCUGGCGAACAACAUCGCUCUUCUCAAGCUCAAGGAUAUCGUGGAACUGAACGACGCCGUGUGCGUCGUAUGCCUGCCAACUACCAAUACAAACUUCAGCGAAGAGGAGUCGUCCGGUUUCGCAGACAAAGAACGGUGCGUCGUUACAGGCUACGGGACAAGUGUCUCAGAAGACGACCUCCGAUACACGUACCCAACCCUCCGAGAAGCGCCCGUGGUUGCCUUAGAAGAAGAUGAUGUGUGCCGCGCUUGGCAGUCCCGCGCUCGACAACUGAAACUCGAUCUCGAGGUAAAAGGCAGCACGUUCUGCGUGGGCGAUGGUGACGUGCAAAGUGAUUGCGUCGGGGAUCCUGCCAGACUCGUUGUGUGCCCGAGCAAGGACAGCUUCUACGAGAUAACUGGUCUAUCGUCCAAGGGACUCGCGUGUGGUGGUCCGGAUGCCCUAUCUGUCUACACCAACGUCUCCUCUUACUCUGGUUGGAUAAAUCAAAUUACGAACAUCAACCGCUUCUAACAGUCUGUCUACUCUUCGCAUUAUGCGUGGGACUUUAAGCCGGACUUUGUACUGAUUAUGACUAGAAGACUGCUGUGCAGUCAACUUGAUGUUUCAGAAAGUGUUCGGAUCACUUUACUAAAUAAGCAGAGUCGCCAAAACUUGUUCAUGUAUUUAUUAGGAAUGUGUGACACUCAUUACAGCCAUUAUACCACUUGAAUCAUCUCAAGUGCAUACGUUUUUUUUUUCUUUUUUGCAAGUCAGAUAAAAUCAAAGGGUGAAGCUCUUUUUUGUAUUGCUGACAUGCACAUAAGAUAGCACAGAGUUCCUAUGUAAAAGCAGUUCGGUAGCUAUGAAAGUAAUAACACGAGGCUUAAUUUGUUGUAGCUAAGCAAACGACAGCUAUUUCAUUGCCUCCUGCUUCUUGCAUACAGCGACCAAUUUAGUGCACAUCUGUUGACGCUUUGAGUGAAUUGUUCAACAAUCCUAUGGUUCCGUGUGCUAACAUAAAUGUACCUAGAUUCUCAGACGUCUAUUUUUUCUAGCUUCUUCAUCAUUUCCACAUCUUAUUCCCUUGGCUGGUGCAGUAUCUUGUAUGCUAAAAGGUUAUCACUUUAGGCAUGUGCAGUUACUUUAUUAUCGACGCAAGUGCUUAGGUGGUUGUGUGUUGGUGUAGGGCGCAGGCAAGGAGAUUUGUAUCUGCCGCCUCUCAUAGAGCUUUAUCUGUUGUACAGUCUUGCAUUUGCAAUUUUCACCUGUCGUUGUUCCAAAUGACAUAUUUCCAGCAAUAAAUAUUCUGCGAGGA